AUGCCAGCGGAUCAUUUUAAAAUCAACCAAAGAGGAAAAAAUAACACCAUUGACGAUUUGUUCUUCUGGAUUAAUGCAUCCAUGGAUAUAACGAAGACGGAGACUGUCGGUAUUCCAAAGAUGCGAGAGAAACUUGGCAAGAUUAGACGAGAAAUCUUCGACCAACCACUUUGGGUUGUUCGUGAUUAUUUUUGGAGAGGAAAAGCGCGAGACGGCCUUAUUUUUCAUGUCCCAGAGCAAACUAAGGAAAAGCGUGAAUUUCAUGUUAUUUGCGACGACGACAGAAUCGAUAAUAUCACGGGACUUGUGAAAUUCAAGGAAACUGAAUCUUUCAAAAACGUAUCUUGCAAGCCGAUGGUUCUGACAUCGAAGUUUUUCGACAAUCAUUUCAACGGAAGCAACUCUAUUCCUUCGCAUGUAAAUCUGUUUUCUGGCAUGAAGGUCAGAGACUAUGAUCCAGGCGAAACAAAUCUGUUGCUUAUGGCAGAAGUCAGGUUUGCAUUGUUUUCGAAAGCAUGUGACCCAAAUCUCCGUCAGGAAGAAUGUUACUUCUAUUUUUCAAACAAUAAAUUAGGAAAACUAUCUAUUGCGGCACAGUCAACUUAUCGACGAGUAAUAUGCUAUUGA